UUCUUCCCCUUCCUUCAUUCUAGCGUCAUCGGAGUAUAUGGAGUGUUGAAUUGGGAAACAAGAAAACCCUCUUCGAGUCUUUAUCGUUUUUUGCUUUUGUAUACUUCGCCGGAUCGAAGAAUCAACUGUGAAAAGGAUCAGUAACAUUACAUAAAAGUUAAAAGAUGAGUAGAGGAAGCGGAGGGGGCUACGACCGUCACAUUACGAUCUUCUCCCCGGAGGGUCGUCUCUUCCAAGUCGAGUACGCAUUCAAAGCGGUGAAGGCCGCCGGAAUCACCUCCAUUGGUGUGCGCGGAAAGGACUCCGUUUGUGUUGUUACUCAGAAGAAAGUCCCGGAUAAGCUAUUGGACCAGACAAGUGUGACCCAUUUGUUUCAAAUUACCAAAUAUCUUGGACUCCUCGCUACUGGAAUGACUGCUGAUGCCAGGACCUUGGUCCAACAGGCUAGGAAUGAGGCUGCUGAAUUCCGUUUUAAAUAUGGAUAUGAGAUGCCAGUGGAUGUGCUGGCCAGAUGGAUUGCAGACAAAUCUCAGGUUUAUACCCAGCAUGCCUACAUGAGACCCCUUGGAGUAGUUGCAAUGGUUCUGGGUAUUGAUGACGAGAAAGGACCUCAGCUCUUCAAGUGUGAUCCCGCUGGUCAUUUUUUUGGUCACAAGGCAACUAGUGCUGGAUCAAAAGAACAAGAGGCAAUCAACUUUCUGGAGAAGAAAAUGAAAAAUGACCCAGCUUUCUCCUAUGAGGAAACUGUACAGACUACAAUUUCUGCUCUUCAAUCCAUUUUACAGGAGGAUUUCAAGGCCAGUGAGAUUGAGGUUGGUGUCGUGAGGCAAGAAGAUCAAGCUUUUAGAGUGUUAUCAACCGAGGAGAUUGAUGAGCACUUGACAGCUAUUAGCGAGCGCGACUAAUUUGUUACCCUUAGUCCUUAGAGCCCUCCUCUCUACUGCUUCAUUUGAGAUCCAUGCCUGUAUUCGUUAUCAUUCAAAGUUGUUGAGACCAAUUUCAGUGUUGAAUGUUGAUGAAACAUGGUGAAGGAAGUGGAGAGUUCUGCAGAUUAUUAUGACUGAUGCUACUUUCCCCUGGAUAUUCCAACAACAAACAUUAUUAUGACUGCAGUCUGCAGAUGUUUCUUAACUUUAAAAACAUUGAAUCAUCUUUUGAUCAAGUUUUAGGAUAAGCAUUUGUUUAGCAGUGCUCUGCUA